AUGAGCGAGUUGCUGCAGCAAGAAUACAAGAGACUGACAGGGCAAGAUUCGUCGACCCUUGAGGGGCCUCUCUCAGAAGACGCCUUGGCCAACCUGAAGCUCUACAAGUACUCAUCUGUCGACAAGUCAUUCACCUCGCGCUAUGUCCUGAAACACUAUUGGAACGCAUGCGUCGAAUUUCUGCCACUAUGGCUGGCUCCCAACAUGGUGACAUUGCUGGGCUUCUUCUGCAUUCUCAGCAAUGUCAUUCUCAUGCUCAUCUAUGACCCCGGUUUGACCGGUCUCGCUCCUUCAUGGGUAUACUACAGCUAUGCUCUCGGCAUCUGGGCCUACAGCACCAUGGACAACAUUGAUGGAAAGCAAGCUCGUCGUACUGGAACCUCGUCUCCAUUGGGUGAGCUUUUUGAGUNNAAGUGCUACCCACCUACUCAAUCUGGCACGAAGGGCAAUGCUGACAAUGUUGAACCAAACAGUCACGGUAUCGACAGUCUCAACUGCACGCUCGCAUCUCUCCUCGAAACAUCGGCCAUGGGUCUUGGUUCAACACGUCUCGGUGCCCUCACUGCACUCAUCCCUACGCUGCCCAUGUUCUUCUCGACCUGGGAGACAUACCACACCCACACCCUGUUCCUUGGCUACUUCAAUGGUCCCACCGAAGGUCUCAUCAUUGCUGCGCUCAUCAUGAUCCUCUCUGGUUACUAUGGCCCCACACUCUGGACAUCUCCGCUAGCCACUCUCUUCGGCCACGAGCAAUUCCUCGGCAAGACCAGUUUUCUUGAUCUGUGGGGUCCCAUCUUGAUUCUCGGACUCUGUCUGGCACACAUUCCCGAUUGCGUCAACAAUGUAUACCAGGCAAGAAAGGGCAGAAAUCAACCUUUGAUCCCUGUCUUGUUAGAAUGGGCUCCCAUCUUCAUCUUUACUGGUUCUCUGUGCGCAUGGCUGGGAUCACCGUAUUCGCAUCUGCUCAAGGAUAACCAUCUAUCCCUGCUUUGCUUUACUCUUUCGCCAGCUUUUGGCCGCAUGACGACAAAGAUCAUUCUUGCGCAUCUUACUCGCCAGGACUUCCCUAUGUGGACUGUGAUGCUGGCUCCUCUCCUUAUCGGCAGCAUCCUCGUCAACCUACCCUACAUCGGUCUCCCUGGUCUGUCCGCAAGCGCUGAGCUCUGGUUCCUGAGAGGAUACUUUGCAUUCGCAACUAUUGUGUAUGCGCGCUGGGCCGUCUAUGUUUGCAACAGCAUCUGCAACUACUUGGGCAUCAACUGCUUGACCAUUCCCGAAGACAAGUGGAUGGCCUUGAAGGCUGGCGCACCUCCAGUCCAGAGACCUGAGGCAAACCGCUUGGCUUCUGGAUCGAUCAGGUUGCAGAAGGGUGGUGCCAAUGGCAAGUUUGCUUGA